CACACCCAAAUUGAAAGCACUAAACUUCUUAGUUUAUAAAUACCCUAUAGUUUUUCUUCUAAAUGAUAUCAAGAAACACAUUUCAACAAAUCAAGCAAAGCCAUUUGGUCUAUAGUAAUGGGUCUCAUUAAAAGCCUUUUUUCAAGAUUUAUUCUUCAAGACUUCCAUGAAGCAGUGGAUAGAAUGACCACCUUACAUGCUUUUCUCUUUCUUAUUGUACACACAGUUGAUAAGCAUGAUCUGUGGCAUCGUUUACCUGUUUUCAUAGGGCUAAUAUACUUAGUGAUUAGGCGUCAUCUUCAUCAAAAGUACAACCUCUUAAAUGUUGGAACAAAACCUAAAAUGUUUAGGUCAUCCAACCAUCAUGACCAUCCAUAUAGAACAGCUGAUGGAAAAUAUAAUGACCCUUUUAAUGAUGAUGCUGGAAGCCAAGGGACUUUCUUUGGUAGAAAUGUUCACCCUGUCUAUCAAAAGGAUAAGUUAUUGAAACCAGAUCCAAUGGUUGUGGCCGCAAAACUUCUAGAGAGGAAAACUUUCAAGGACACUGGAAAGCAAUUCAAUGUGAUAGCUGCAUCUUGGAUUCAAUUUAUGAUACAUGAUUGGAUUGAUCAUUUAGAAGACACUAAGCAGAUUGAAGUUGUAGCACCAGAAGAAGUUGCAAGUCAAUGCCCACUAAAAUCUUUCAAGUUCUUUAAGACAAAGGAGAUUCCCACUGGCCUUGAUGAUAUCAGGACUGGAGCAGCAAACAUACGUACACCUUGGUGGGAUGGAAGUGUGAUAUAUGGAAACAAUCAAGAAGUUUUGAAUGAAGUUAGGACUUCCAUUGAUGGGAAGCUCAAAAUAUCAUUAAAGGAUGGUACCCUUCUCCAUAAUGAAGAUGGAGUAGCAAUUUCAGGUGAUGUUCGUAAUAGUUGGGCUGGUGUCUCAACUUUGCAAUCCCUUUUUAUUCAAGAACAUAAUCUUGUUUGUGAUACUCUCAAGAAACAUCACCCAGAUUUGAAAGAUGAAGAGGUUUAUCGAUAUGCUAGAUUGGUGACUUCAGCAGUGAUUGCAAAGAUUCACACCAUAGAUUGGACUGUAGAACUCCUUAAAACAGACACUUUGCUUGUAGGCAUGCGAGCCAAUUGGUAUGGAUUAUUGGGAAAGAAAUUCAAGGACACAUUUGGGCAUGUUGGAACAUCCAUCUUGAGUGGAUAUGUUGGAAUGAAGAAACCAGACAAUCACGGUGUUCCAUACUCAUUAACUGAGGAAUUUGUCAGUGUUUAUAGAAUGCAUGCACUCUUACCUGAUACCUUACAAUUGAGAGAUGAUUCUGCUACUCCAGGAUAUAAUAAAUCCCCACCAAUAAUCAAAGAGAUUCCUUUGUAUGAUUUGAUUGGACUACAAGGAGAAACGACCUUGGAAGAGAUACGAGUUUCAAGGCAAUUAGUAUCAAUGGGUCACCAAGCUUCUGGGGCACUAGAACUUUGGAACUAUCCUUCAGUGCUCAGAGACUUAGUACCACAUAACGUAGAUGGCACAGAAAGAUUUGAUCAUGUGGACUUAGCUGCUCUUGAAAUUUACAGGGAUAGAGAGAGGAAUGUAGCUAGAUAUAACCAACUCAGGAGAGGAUUAUUGAUGAUACCUAUAAAAAAAUGGGAGGAUUUGACAGAUGAUAAGGAAACAAUUGAAGUAUUGGAAGAGGUAUAUGGUGAUGAUGUUGAGGAGCUUGAUGUUCUAGUAGGUCUCAUGGCUGAGAAAAAGAUAAAGGGUUUUGCAAUUAGUGAUACAGCUUUUACAAUAUUCCUUCUCAUGGCAUCUAGGAGACUAGAGGGUGAUAGAUUUUUCACAACCGAUUUCAAUGAAAAGACAUACACUAAAGAGGGAUUGAAAUGGGUGAACACAACUGAGAGCUUAAAGGAUGUAAUUGAUCGUCAUUAUCCAGAAAUGACACAAAAAUGGAUGAACUCUUCUAGUGCAUUUUCUGUUUGGGACUCACGCCCAAACAAACAUAAUCCUAUUCCAAUUUACCUUCGUGGUCAUAAUUAAUCAAUUUAAUUUUUGCAAUAUUUUCCCAAAUUUGUUGUCCCUGAACUUGAUUAUGUAUUUGUAUUUGAAUUUGUAUUUGGAUCAUCUUAAAUAAGUCCUUGUUGCAUUUGUAUUUAUACAUACACAUUGUACAUGCGUAUGUAUUCAUGUUUAUUUGUUAACGUUCCUUUUACUUGUCUCUUUUGUUUUCCUCAACAAUCAAAUAAAGGUGAUUAAUUAGAUAUA